GGGGAGGAGGAAACUUGGCUGUACUUCACUACUACCACGAAAGGGAAAUCUAGGGAGAGAGGGAUUCCUCUGUCCCCGCGUGUCUUCUCCCUUGCCUUUUCCCAGUUUGGCUGGCUUAGUAUAAGGGGAGGGAGAGUGCCAUGAUAUAUCCUCGAGUCUCUUGUUUCGUUCCGUUUGACAUAUCUUUGUGUCUCUUGUUUCAUUCCGCUCUAUGUCUAUCUCCAUAUCCCACAGUGGUAGUUGGAGAUUAUAAAAUUUGGAAUGCGAUCUGUGUUUUGGACGAGUGGCAGUGGAGAACAGGUACUUCUGGUUCACACAAACACGCACCCCCCCCUCUCCCCUCCCCCCUCCUUCCCCUCUAUCCACCCACACGAUCUCUCUCCUCCUGUCCCCGUGUUUCCAUUUUUUUGUCUGUUUAAUCAGUACGAUGGAGUCGAAAGGGGGAGAUGGGGAUGCUCUCUCUCUCUCUCUCUCUCUGUCUCUCUCUCUCUCUCUCUCUCUCUCUCUCUCUCUCUCUCUCUCUCUCUCUCUCUCUCUCUCAGCCUCUCUCUCACUCUUUCGCCUGUGUGUUUUAACUCGUUUAUAUGAGAGAAGUAUGCGGGAGAAUGGCGUUUUUCUUUGUUUAAUCAGUAUGAUGGAGUGGGAAGGGAGAGAUGGGGAUGAUCUCUCUCUCUCUCUCUCAGAGAGAGAGAGAGAGAGAAGGAUGCGGGAGGCUUCGUCUCCUCCUCAUUUUGAGUUUCCCCCUUAGCUUCUCUCCACUUGUGCAGCUGCGUCAGGAACGUUGCCUAUAAAGGAAAUAGACCUAAGGCAGAGGAGGGCUUUCUUGAAAUUUGUUACUUCAAAAGUAUGGGUGAUGAUCCCCCUUCACUCCAUGUGAUAGAGAAUUACGCAUAGCAAUCCCUAGUUCAGAGGAAAAGUAACCCGUUUUUUUUCUUUCUUAUCCUUUUUUUUUUUUCAGGAGAGGAGGGUUGGUUGCGUAAGGUAUCAGGAUGGUGUAGGUGUCUGGACGUCCCAAAUGCAUGGAAAAGCACUUGAGAAGUUGUGCCUUCGCUCGUGCGGCCGGUGAAUUGCCGAAUGGCGAAAGAGGGACGGUAAUUCUUGUUGACGGCACAAGCCUGCUGGCUCAGUGCAGAGCUUGUUAUCAGGGGGGGGGAUGCUGUUGCAUACCGGCUUGUUUUCUUACUGCCAUUUUUUGAGGAACGGUGAAACCGUGGAACGGAAUCGAUGGAUGGUACACGCUUGGAACGGACGGGAUGAAAUCGGUGGAACAGAAUGGGUGGAUGGCACACAAACUGGUGGAACGGAAUGGAACAGAAUGGAACGGAAUGGAACGGAUGGUACACACUUGGAAUGGAACGGAACGGAACGGAAUGGAAUGGAAUGAAAUCGGUGGAACAGAAUGGGCCCGUGGAAUGAAAUCGAUGGAUGGUACACGCUUGGAACGGAUCGGAAUGAAAUCGGUGGAACGGAAUGGGUGGAUGGCACACGAACUGGUGGAACGGAAUGGAACAGAAUGGAACGGAAUGGAACGGAAUGGAACGGAUGGUACACACUUGGAACGGAACAGAAUGGAAUGGAAUGAAAUCGGUGGAACGGAAUGGAUGGAUGGUACACGGUUGGAAUGGGAUGGAAUGGAUUUGGUGGAACAGAAUGGGUGGAUGGCACGCGAACUGGUGGAACAGAACGGAACGGAACGGAACGGAAUGAUGUUGGUGGAACAGAAUGGAUGGAUGGAUGAUACACACUUGGAACAGAAUGGAGGGGCGGUAGGAACCUGGAACGGAUGGUGCACACUGGGAACUGAGGGACGAUUACCCAGCACUGCCGUGAUCACCGAAAAUACAACGAACGAUUGUUAUUGCUGUAUCUAGACUGAAAGUUGCCCCAAACACAGCUAUAUAAUCAAUGUAUGUUGUAUUUGGAUGACUGCAAUUGUAGGACGCUC